ACAUACACUAACCCUAACUCAACAACACCAUUCUCAUCUUCUCCAAUCAGAUACCAUUGACGUCUCCAACGCCGUUGUCGUCUUCUUCGUCGCCUUCUUCUGCAUCUCGCCGCUGUCUCCUGAGGUCCCGUCGGCAUCAUCUUCUGCGGACUCGGCGCUGUCUCCUGAGGUGUCGUCUCCGUCUUCUUCUGCAGUCUUGGUGUCGUCGCCUUCAUCGUUGAGAUCUCGGCGUUGUCUUUUGUAUUCUGAUAUCUCGGCAUCGUCUUCAUCGUCUUCAAACAGGUAGCCUCCUAAUCGUCGUCUUCAAGUAGGUUGGAAGCCUUGUCUUUAAUUUGCUAGAGGGUACUGCAAGAAUGGCACUAGCUGCAGGUUCCUCCAUGGUGGUGGACUUGGAGAAGCUGAUGGUGGUGGUGGUGCUGUAAUGGUUAGUUCUCCAAGCAAGAUUGAGAUGAUGGAGCAGUGUUAUGAACUUCUCAGAUCUAUAACUGCUCAGAAACAAAGACUUGCUACUGCUUCUCAACUCAUGGUAUCUUCAAGCUUUCCUUACUCUCCAAAGUGCAUGAAUUUCCUCCUACAAAAAUAGCAGCAGCAGCAGCAAAAUGAAACUCAAAGGGUUGUGGCUGCAGCUUUGAUGAUAAGCGAGGACUUACACAAAUUCGAAAGAUUGAGGCUUGAAAGGAGUGAUUUCUCUUUGAAUAUCCCUCGGAUGGUCAACCCAGCUUCCAGACAGAUCUAUUUGACUUUCCCAGCUGACAGCACUUUUAGAAAGGAAGAUGUUUCCAACUACUUUAGCAUUUAUGGGCCAGUUCAAGAUGUGAGAAUCCCAUACCAGCAGAAGCGUAUGUUCGGAUUUGUUACAUUUGUUUAUCCAGAGACUGUGAAGCUCAUUCUCUCAAAAGGGAACCUUCAUUUUGUGUGUGAUGCAAGAGUGCUUGUUAAGCCUUACAAGGAGAAGGGCAAAGUUCCAGACAAGAUGCAACUGCAACAGGUAGAUAAGGAUUUUUUACCUUGUGGCACUCCUACUGGACUAGAUGCUAGAAACCAAUAUGAUCUCCAACUAGAACUUUGCUUCUUGUUGUUGCAUACAAUCUGAGGAAGGAUUUGGUGCAUCAUGGAGAAUAUGAGUGCUUGCUGAACACCGUGGAAACAUAUGUCAUUAAUGCCUAGCCUCAGUUGGUAAGAAGUUAAGAGAUUAGGAAUUCACCACUUGCCACUUAAUACUGAUUAUUAAUUAACUAAUUAUUGAUGAUUAUUAUUAUUGAUGAUUAUUAUUAUUAGUAUUAUUGGUUUUGACAGCUAACUAUAAAUGUGUGGCAAGAUAUUUUUUAGUAAGCACAAUGAGGCAUUAGCUCUUGGCUUGGAUCUUGUAUCAUACAUGUGAUGGUUACGUGUCAUUUUCUUAAAAAAACAAAGAGGAGAAAAAGAAGAAAAAGUUGUCUUAGUCUUAUAAAGUUGUAUUUACUAUGCAGAGUUAUAUAGGUAAUGCCAAAUAGUAUUAGGCAUAAAUAAUGCAUGCAUUUAUGCAACUUUUUCUGUUUGGUUAUUUAAUAGGACCAAUAACAAAUGUGUCAUUCUGUUUUGAUUUUUUCUUACUGAGAAUUAUUUUUUUUGAAUUUUUCAUUAUAGUAAGUCAGAGUAUGUAAUUUUCAAGUUGAAAGAAAUGGGUAAAAUACAGGAAAAAGAUGUAAUGCUAAUAUGUGAGCAAUUCAAAAAGCUUGACCCUUCUAAUGCUGUAUUUUCUAUCAAACCCAAAAAAGCUUCCUUCAAAGAAAGGAAGUAGAAGUUGCUUACAUUUUUGCAAGGUACAUUAAUCAUAGUUAUUUAUUGUACAAAUUCAUAAUAUCAUGUUUUUCCUAAAAGAAUGCCUGAGAGUGAUAAUGUUGCUGAAGACUAUUUUCUAUGACAAAGAAGUAUGAACCGGUUUGUGCUAAGUGGACUACAAAACGGUGUGCUAUUUGCAGAUGGGUUGAAGAUUGAGACUACAAUAAAAUCAUCAUUUGCAACAAGUAAAAUAGCAUCUUCUGCUUAAUAUCUGUUCAUUUAUUUUUUUAAAUAGUCAAACCAUCAAGAUACAAGGAUUAGAACAAGCUGCUGUGUGGUGUAAACAUUUUGUAGCUGAUAAAUGUAGUGAGAUCAUAGAUGUUCUAGAAAAUAAAUCAUGAGUAGUUAAUUUUAAUUUCAUAAAACUAAUUGGAGGUAAUGCUGAAAAGAAAAUGAUGUUGAAUUUUUAAUUUCACAUCAUGCAAUGCAACAAAACUAAUUAAGGCAAAUUUGGAUUUCUUAUUAUUUUAGAGAGUUUAUGGUGAGAAACAGAAGAAGUGCAACAAUAAAAUAGACUUGAUAUUAAAGUUGUUACCUUGUGGUGAUGAGAAAGAAGAGAGGAUGAGGAAGUUGAAGAGGUCAUCAUCAGUUAUCAAAGAUGGCAGCAUCACAUAUAUGUAGUAUACAUAAAUAUAAAUUUGUUGUAUUUGUGUAGAUUUAUUUCUACCUUUAUUUUUUUUCAAUACAUAUAUGUAGUAUAUAUAAAUAUAAAUUUAUUUGUAUUAGAAUUCAUUUUUUGUUUCAUCUUUAUAUGAUUUUCAAUAAUU